AGACGAUUGGCUGUGACGCGGCUCCCUCCUGUCUAGCGCUUUGGUCUACCCCCGAUCGUUACACGCUUCCUAUUUUUGCCACUAGCGGGAGGAGGUGAUAAAUCCUGUCCCACCUCCUCAGAGCUCAGCCAAUUGAGAUACGCUGGGACGUCCCUUGUUGACGUCCUUUGGCUAGCUUGAUGAGUGGGCGGUGCCAGACGUUGCGGAGUGUCGCGGGAGUCCAUUGCGUUAUACUCUAUCUCCCCUUCUCCAAAAGGACCCGGAAGUGACAUCAGCCUUGAUGCGGAAACCGUAUCAUAGAGGCUGGAACCGUCGGAAACGAAGAGGGGAGAUCGGAACGUAGAGCGGCCCCAAUACCAUGAUAUUUGAACUUCAGUGAAUAGCUCAUCUUUCCUGUGCAGGUGAAGUAGACAAUGAAGGAUCAGGAAAUGCAAACUUCAAACUCCGUGCUUCCAGCCCAGUCUUCCUCCAGCCUAUCCCUCCCCGCUGUCUCUACAAAUCAGUCACAGGCGGCUGCUGAGGCCCAGAUCAUAUCUGAUACAUGCCAAUCUGCCACCCCUGGCAGCCAAGGUGAUGGAGUCACUUGUCAUCCUCCUGCUCCAUGUGAUGUAUCUGAGGAACUUAGUAGGCAGCUGGAGGACAUACUAAAUACUUACUGUGUAGAUGCUGGCCAAGAUGGCGUGACAGAACCAGAGGAGACCGAAAAAGGCCCACCAGAGGCUACUAGGAAUGGAGAACCGGAACCAGUGGUGCCAGAAGUUAAUGGAGAGAAGGAGGCAUUGCGUCGUGUAGAAGAUAAUAGGACAUGUAAUGACACAGAGAAGGAUCAGAAGCGUGUGCAAGACAAAAAGAAAGCAAAGGGACUUGGCAAAGAGAUCACGCUACUAAUGCAGACCCUUAACACACUCAGCACCCCAGAAGAGAAACUGACUGCCCUGUGUAAGAAAUACGCAGAACUGCUGGAGGAACAUAGGACUUCUCAGAAACAGAUGAGGAUUCUGCAGAAAAAACAGACUCAACUCAUUCAAGAAAAGGACCAACUCCGUAAUGAGCAUAGCAAAGCCAUCCUAGCUCGCAGUAAAUUGGAGAGUCUUUGCAGGGAGCUGCAGAGACACAACCGCACACUAAAGGAGGAGGGUGUGCAAAGAGCCCGUGAAGAAGAGGAAAAGCGUAAGGAGGUAACCUCUCACUUUCAGGUGACCCUCAAUGACAUCCAAUCACAGAUGGAGCAGCAUAAUGAGCGCAAUACUAAGCUGCGCCAGGAAAACAUGGAGCUGGCGGACAGGCUGAAGAAGUUGAUUGAGCAAUAUGAGCUGAGGGAGGAGCACAUUGAUAAAGUUUUUAAACAUAAGGACUUGCAGCAGCAGCUGGUGGAUGCAAAGCUACAGCAGGCUCAGGAGAUGCUAAAGGAAGUGGAGGAGCGUCACCAGCGGGAAAAGGACUUUCUCCUCAAAGAAGCAGUGGAAUCCCAAAGAAUGUGUGAGCUCAUGAAACAACAGGAGACUCACCUCAAGCAGCAACUGGCUCUAUACACAGAGAAAUUUGAGGAGUUUCAAAACACACUUUCUAAAAGCAAUGAGGUCUUCACAACCUUCAAACAGGAAAUGGAAAAGAUGACAAAGAAGAUAAAGAAGUUAGAGAAGGAGACAACUAUGUACCGGUCCCGAUGGGAGAGCAGUAAUAAGGCUCUACUCGUGAUGGCUGAGGAGAAAACUCUACGUGACAAAGAGCAAGAGGCUUUACAGGCCAAGAUCCAAAGGCUAGAGAAACUCUGCCGGGCAUUACAGACCGAACGGAAUGAUCUGAACAAGAAGGUGCAAGGUCUAAGUGGACCUCCAGCCACUUCUGCAGAGACCCCACCAGACGAUUGUAUCAGCUGUACAGCAGCCACCAGUAGUGAGAAUGUAGAACUGAGCAGCAGUGAUGUGUGUGUGCAGAAUAUACCACAGAUUGCAACACCACCACCUCUUCAGUCUGCUGCCGCCGCCGAAUAGUACAGCUGGGGGGGGGGGGGGGGGGGGGAUGCUUUGUAUCUAAUGUCCUCAUUCCUUUUAUACAAGUACUUCCACUUUUAUAACCACCUUACACACCCAAACUCUGCUUUUACUAUUAUUGUUUUGGGCAACCUUCCCUGUACAAGGGGAUAAAAUGAGCACUCUGUGUUAUGACAUAAUUACAAAAAGAAGUAGUUUACCAUGUCCUUUCCACACUUCUAGUGACUCAUCCUGGAGACAGGUCCAUUCUGCAGUCAGCUCAUGCAGAAAGGCGUUUCAUGUGGUGUUAGGCACUCAAUUGUCCUAGUUAAUUUUAAAGAAUUUAAUUAAAAAAAAAAGUUUUUUUUUUUUACUUUUGUGUAUAAUAUUUACACUAUACGAUCAUUGCAUAAAUUUGUUUUGUAGACAUUUAAAUUUUUCAACUGGACUGCAAGCCUAAUGUCUCUUACCCACGUUAGCAGAGCACAGUAAAAACAUACUACAAGUGAA